AAUUCGCGUAACGAAGCUGAAACCAUAAAAAUUCAAUUCAAAAGUGCCGGUGAUUUUAUGCGUGGUUACAACAAUGGCUGGCAGGGACAGUAGACUAUGAUGUGGUGUGUGGGUACGUGUUGUAUAUGGUGGUCAGUGUCGCGGUGAGUGUGAGCAGGGUGGCGACGCAGCCGGAGUCGCGGGCCGACGGUAUGGGGGGCGGGGGCGGCGGAUGGCCGCGAGAAGCGCCCGCGCUGCUGAGUACGGCGCUGCUGUUGGGCGGCUCGUUGCCAGAGCGGCCACCGGCCCCGCUCUUCACCAUCGACAGCAUCCUGGCACCACGACCUCAGCCCCCGUUACCACCUCUACAGCUACACCAUUUAGCACAUUCACCAUUCCAUAGAGCACAUGAUCUGUUUGGUGUCGGAAAUGUAGGGAGCGCAGUAUCAGGGGCGGGUGGCUACGCGGGGCUGUACGGGGGCUACGCGGCGGCCGCGCUGGCCGGCCUCGCAGGCCCCCCGCCCAAACGUAAGCGCCGCCAUCGUACUAUAUUCACGGAAGAGCAGCUGGAACAGCUCGAGAGCACUUUUGAUAAAACACACUACCCAGACGUCGUGCUACGAGAACAGUUAGCGCUACGAGUCGACCUCAAGGAAGAAAGAGUGGAGGUAUGGUUUAAAAAUCGUCGUGCGAAAUGGCGGAAGCAAAAACGAGAGGAACAAGAGCGACUGAGGAAGUUGCAGGAGGAGAGAGCAUGCGGGCGGGCACCAUUAUUGACGCGGGCGACGCUCUCGCCAGCGCAUUCGCCUCCAACCCAUUCUGCACCCGCGCCGCCGACUCCUCGCCCUUACACCGACGACUCCGACUCCGACCUUGAGGUAGCUUGAAGUAUCAUAAUGGAUUGGACCACUACUCGUGAUCCGUUAAAUAAGGAUACGUAAUAUGCUUCGCGGUCAAUCCACGAUUCUACCCUCAAAAAUAGUCAACGUUGGAGGCAUCGGUAUCAACCAAUAAAAAUU